GGUCGAGCGUCAAGUCACUGGAGAUGAGCUCUCCAGUUUUCCCAGUUUUCCCGUUUUUGUCCUGUUUGACAGUGACACCAGUGAGCCCAGUGUUUCGGCAGUAAAUUGCUUAGUUCCGGCCAAAGAAAUUGAAUUUGAUUCUGUGUUGUCUUCGACUCUUCGUUUGAGGAAGCUAAUAAAGACGUCAUAAUCCCAUUUCGAGUUUGGAACUUUAGCAAUUUGUAUCAUGGUCAGCGAACCAUAGCAUUCAAUUUCUAGAGCUAUCACCAGUUCUAGCAAGAUGCCAGAAUCAGAAGCAACAGCACAGCUGAAGUUGAAGCGGCGAGGUGCCAAGGCUAAAUUGACAAGAUGUGGAAAUGCAGUAGAGCAGCUCAUUUCAAAGAAAGCAAGCAUGGAAGCUGUUGAGGAAAGAUUCCAUCAUCUCAAGAUCGUGUAUGAAGAGCUGCAAGAGAAGCACGAAAUUUAUUCGGAGUUGAUCCUCGAUGAUGAUCAGUUCGAGAAGGAAGAGAAGUGGAUGGAGGUCUGCGACACAUCUUUCAUAAACUGGCAAGUAAACGCUUCAAAGUAUCUUGACGAGUUAAAGGAGAGAGGAGAACCAGAGAAAGUGGAAGCAGCGCCUUCUACUGAGAGUCCUGCAGAUGCAGUCCAGUCUGGGUCUGGUCAGUCCUCCUCUCCUGAAGUAGCAUCCGCUCCAUACAGCCUGAGGAUUGAGAAGCCGCAUCUGCCCAAGUUUAGCGGAGAUGUCCGGGAGUUUUUCGUUUUCCGAGACGAUUUCAAACAUCUGGUAGAAAGCCGAUAUAGUAGUAGGGAUGGUAUCACCAUCCUACGUAGCUGCCUGCAGGGUAAGCCCCUCGACCUUAUCCGGGGUAUUGGAACUGAUUAUAAUGCUGCAUGGGAGCAGUUGGACUUAAUUUAUGGAGAUCCCAGAUUCGUAGCUGAUGCUAUCAUAGAUGACAUCAGCAAGUUCCGAGCACUAAAGGAGAAUGAAGAUAGCCGCUUCUGCGAAUUAGUGCAUCUGGUGAGGAGAAGUUACAACAUCCUUGUAAGUGUGGGAAGGCAGCAUGACAUGGACAACAAUCACAUGUUGGCCUCUAUUGAGAGGAAGUUGAGCCAAGGAGACCGCAAGGUAUGGUUCAGAUGCCAGGAGAAGGAUGAAGAUCCAGCAUCACUACACAUGCUCCUGGAGUGGAUGGCCAACGAGAUGAAGGCCAGGAUGCGUGCCUCAGCCCCGCUACGUAGUGAAUCCCGCAAAGGAGCUGUUGGUUUCUGUGCGCAGAAAGACACGAAGCCAGAUAAGGAGCGGAAGUGGGUUCAAACACCUAGUGCCAAAGACAGGUGUUGGAUCUGCCACUCAUCAGACCACUGGAUAGAUCAGUGCAAGAGGUUUAUCUCCAAACCAGCAUCAGAAAGAUUGCAGAUUGCCAAGGAGAAUCGGGCUUGUUUUAGCUGCCUUAAGCAAGCAGAGAGGGGGCAUUUGAUGGCAACAUGCAAUAGACGCAGACAGUGUUCAGAGAUGAGACAAGGCCAAAGGUGUAAAUUCUAUCACCAUCCAUUGCUGCACCUGGAGUGGGUACCGAGGCAAGAUGAUAGUUUGGAGCAAAACCAACGAGGCCAAGUGGGAGUCGCUACAGUUGUAGCUAAGGAGUCUCUUCUACCCAUUGUUUUGGCAGAGGUCUUAGGAUGCAAUGGUGAUAUGAAGGAGGGAAACGUGUUGCUAGACUCUGGUGCCCAGAUAAGCCUUAUCCGGCAGGAGUUGGCAACAGAGCUGCAGUUAGAGGGCACACCUACAACCAUUACCAUUUGCAAGAUUGGAGAUGAGCAGGAGCUUCUGCACACUAACAUCUACAAAGUGCUAGUUAGAGAGAAAGGUGAAGGUGGCAAGCCUUUUACUGUGUCAGCCAUAGGAAUUCCGUGCAUUAGCGAACAUGUACAGGCUAUCAACUUGGACGAUCUAGCAAGGAAGUUUCGCAUAAAACGGAAGGAUCUACAUAGAAGUAGUGGACCUGUGGACAUUUUGAUAGGAGUUGACCACACAAGGUUUCAUUGCGGUGAAACCAGGGAAGUUGGCAACUUUAUUGCUAGAAAGUCAAGGAUAGGAUGGGUUAUCUUUGGAGCAACACGUGGUGACAGAGUGCAGAGCAGUGCAGUACUGCAUGUAAAGUUAGCAUCACCUGUAGAUUUGACGGACUUUUGGUCAGUUGAGACAGAGGGAGUGAGGCCUGAAGGAUGCCAGUGUAUAGAGAGCAGACUCACUAGACAAGAGGUGAUAGAGGAACAGGUGAUCAGGUCCUCAGCUCACAAGAUUGGAAAGCAGUGGCAGAUAGCCUACCCUUGGCAACGAGAUCCUGAGAUGUUGCCUGACAAUAAGUGGCAAGCAGAGAAGGUGCUUCAGUCCACCGAGAAGAGGCUUGCCCGGAAUCCUGAGCACGCUAAAGCUUAUGACCAACAGAUCCAGGAAAUGGAGGAUAUGGGGUUUGCCAGGAAGCUUUCACCCCAAGAGAUGGAGUGCCAUGAAGGGCCAGUACAUUAUAUCUCCCAUCAUGCUGUUGUGAGAGCUGAGAAAAAGAGUACUCCAAUCCGGAUAGUAUUCAACUCGUCAGCAUCAUUCCAAGGCCAUAGUUUAAACGAGUACUGGAUGAAAGGGCCUGACCUCUUGAACAGUCUACCUGGAGUGUUGUUAAGAUUCAGGGAGAAGUACAUCGCCAUAUGUGCAGAUAUCUCCAAGAUGUACCACAGGGUGCUCAUACCAGAGAGUGACCAACAUGUGCACAGGUUUCUUUGGAGAAACAUGGAUGUCAGUAGAAGGCCAGACGUAUACAUCAUGAAGGUAGUAACCUUUGGAGAUAAACCGGCAGCAGCAAUGGCGCAGAUUGCUCUCAAGAUGACUGCUGAGCAGGGGGAGAGUAAAUACCCAGAAGCAGCCAAUGUACUCAAGAGGAAUGUGUACAUGGACGAUAUUUGUGACUCCGUGGAGACGCUUUCUGAAGCAGAGAGGCUCACCGGCGAUAUAGAUGAGGUACUUUCAAAUGGUGGCUUUAAAGUGAAGGGAUGGUUAUCAAAUAAACCAUUGCAUGGAGACAACAAGGAAGGAGAAAUGAAGCUGCUAGAAGCCCUUGCUGAAGAGAAAGUGUUGGGUGUCGUGUGGGACAAGAAAGGCGAUGUGUUCUCAUACAGAGUAAAGUUCCGUGAAGGAGUGAUGCCUUCAGCCAAUGAAGGAGAGAGCCGUCUGAAACUCACCAAGAGGAAGAUUCUAAGCCAGGUAGCCCGCGUCUUUGAUCACAUUGGCUUUGCAGCUCCGAUCAUCGCACGUGCUAAGAUGGGUCUACAGAGGCUAUGGCAGAUGGGUCUUGGAUGGGACGAUCCAUUACCAGAGAAAGAGCAAACUGAGUGGACUAAGUUGUUUGAGGAGAUGACUUUGCUCAACAAUGUCAAACUGAGGAGAUGUCUUACACCACAAGAUGCAAGAGGCAAGCCAGUUCUGUGCAUUUUCAGUGAUGCUUCAGAAAGUGCAUAUGGUACAUGUGCGUACCUUAGAUGGCGGACUGAUGACAAUAAGUAUGAGGUGCGGUUUGUGGCAGCUAAGUCAAAGGUAGCACCACUCAAGACUUUGACGAUGCCUCGUCUCGAACUUCAAGCAGCAGUAGUAGCCGCGAGACUUUACAAGGCAAUCAGCGAGGAGAUAAGGCUGGAGAUAGAGAAGGUGGUUUUCUUCGUUGACAGCAUGAUUGUUUUCCACUGGAUCAAGUCGCCUGCGAGAAGCUUCAAGGCGUUUGUGUCAAGCAGAGUGGGGGAAAUUCAGAGUUUAACAGAUCCCUCACAGUGGAAGCACAUCCCAGGAACAAUGAAUGCCGCUGAUGAUGUGUUAAGAGGAGUAACUGUUGACAAACUGGCUGAAGUGUGGAAGCAUGGCCCUAGCUUUCUCUACACUGAUGAAUCAGAAUGGCCAGUAGAUGAGCCCGAGGCAGAUCAGCGGGCUGUUGAUAGUGAGCAGAGGAAGUCUCCGGCAGUAUUCUCAGUACAUGAGACAAGUGAAUUGCUAGAGUGCAAGAAGUUCUCUAAAUGGAGAAAAUUACUGAGAGUGACAGCCUACGUGAUGAGAUUCGUUAAUAUCUUGAAGUCCAGAAUCCAUAAGGAGUCUCUACCCGACGAGAAGACGACUCUAACUACCACAGAGUUAGAGAGAGCUGAGAUGUAUUGGAUAAAGGUAGCCCAGGAGAGAAUCAAGCCACACUUCAAGAAGGGAGACUUCAAGGUGCUCACUCCUUUCAUCGAUGAGGAAGGGGUGAUCAGAGUUGGUGGUAGAGUGGGAAACAUGGACAUAUCAUAUGAAGCUAAGCAUCCUGUUCUACUCCCAUAUGACCAUGGUAUUUCACUUAUGAUCACUAGGUACAUGCAUGAAUCGGGUCACCAUGGUGUAGCAGCGACGACAGCCAGGACAAGAAAGAGGUUCUGGAUCCUGAAGGGACACCGGCUUGCUAAGUCGGUAAAGCACCGCUGCGUGGUAUGCAGAGCAGCAGCAUGCCAGGCAGAGAUACAGCAGAUGGCCAGCCUACCAAGCAUCAGAGUAGCUCCGUUCACGCCUCCGUUUCAUUUUACGUCGUGUGAUUACUUCGGCCCAUAUCAUGUGAAAGUUAGUCGAAACAAGAAAGCGAAGCACUAUGGCGUGAUUUUUACUUGUUUGAAUACAAGAGCGGUUCACCUUGAGCUAGCAGUAGAUUGUUCAACGCAAGAGUUUCUGCAGGUCCUCAGAAGGUUUUUUGCGAUUAGAGGUCACCCUAAGGUCAUCAUGAGCGACAACGGUACUCAGUUUGUGGGUGCCAAGCGUGAGUUACGAGAGAUGGUGAAAGGGUGGGAUGAUGUGCAGCUUCGAGAUUUUUGUGCAGAGAUAGGGGUUGAAUGGCAGUUCACCACGCCAUUAGCUCCACAUCAGAAUGGAUGUGCCGAGGCACUUGUUAAAAGUUGUAAGUUUGCUCUACACAAAGCAGUUGGUAGUCAGUGUUUAACACCCUUUGAGCUGUACACAUGUUUAGUUGAGAUAGCAAACCUAGUAAACCAGCGACCCAUUGGUAGGAUACCGAAUGAUCCAGAUGAUGGAAGUUAUGUCAGUCCUAAUGAUAUGUUGUUAGGAAGAGCGUCGCGAAGCGUACCCCAAGGUCCGUUUAGGGAGACAGAGAAUCCGCGUCAUCGCGUCGAGUUCGUACAGCGUAUAGUAGAUUCGUUCUGGAGACGCUGGUCUCGAGAUGUUCUUCCGCUCCUCGUGCCUAGCAAGAAGUGGAACACAGAGCGUCGUAAUGUACGCGUGGGGGACGUCGUCAUGACCGCAGAAGCAAACGCGGUACGUGGAAAGUGGACAAUUGCCAGGGUGAUACAAGUGUAUCCUGGUGCUGAUGGUAGAGUUAGGAACGUACAGUUGAAAACAGCGGUGGGCAUAUAUCGCAGACCAGUUACGAAGAUAGCGGUUAUUUAUCCCUCUGAAGGCUACGAUGAAAGCGUAUAGGAUUUAUAGACAACUCUGAAAAGGACUUGAACAGAAAAUAGAGUAAAACUUCAGUCAAAGUUUUCUAUCUAUUUGUCUUUAUCUAUUUGUGUAUGUUAAUAUAAUUAAGUCUUGGAUUGAGACUAAGGUAUAUGAGGAAAAGUCCUCAUCCGGGGGGAGGAUGUUUCGCUGAGCGAAAUUUAUUUUGUGGUUUUUUCAGCAAGUCGAAAAUCUUAGAAGAGAUUUUUAGAGUUCAGAUUCUUUGUUUCAUAAGAUAAGAAAAAAGGUUCUUUUUGUUAAUUAUAAUAUCAGGAAAGAUAGAUAUUUAUUCUCUUUCAGCCUAAAUGAAGCAUUUAGGUAUUUUAUAGAAGGUGAAUUGGCAAUUUAAAUAUUUACAAUGUCUGUUGUAUUCAUGAUCGAUGUUUUUUAUAGUAGGAUUUGAAAUGGCCUUUCUUUGAGUAUUUGUUUUUCAAGGAUACCUUACUUUCGACUUUCGAUAAGUAGCGAAGCCAUUUUAGUCACUUGUUCGUGUAGUCUGUCGAGCGUCAAGUCACUGGAGAUGAGCUCUCCAGUUUUCCCAGUUUUCCCGUUUUUGUCCUGUUUGACAGUGACACCAGUGAGCCCAGUGUUUCGGCAGUAAAUUGCUUAGUUCCGGCCAAAGAAAUUGAAUUUGAUUCUGUGUUGUCUUCGACUCUUCGUUUGAGGAAGCUAAUAAAGACGUCAUAAUCCCA